GUCGGCGGUGGCGGAUAGCAUGCACCCUGCAACGAUGUGCGGUUCAUGCUGAAAGACAUCACAGUUAUCUUGGCUCAAGCUUAGCAGAGAAGGCACCCUCCGUCGCCGCUGCACCUCCAGAAGAUGGCAGCACUCCUGGCAUCGGCCGGCGCGCUCGCUUUCCAGGAGCAGGAGUUGCGGGAGCACUCUGCCGAGCUCGAGUCUUGGGAUCAGGAGGAGGAAGAGGAGGACGAGGGGGACGAGGAGGAGGAGGAGGAGGUGCACACCGAUGCAACCUCUGGCACGCAGCCCUCGCUGGAGGCUGCCCACGAUGUGGACCGCAUGUUGGGCAGCGCCAGCACCGUCGCGGCGGCGCCGCUCCCGCCAACGCUGGAUGACACGCUCUGGGAGGAGGACGACGACGACGAGGGCUUCUCGGGGUGGACACCUUGGAGCCCAGCCUCGUUCAAGAUGGCCGGAGUCAAGUCGAGUGGCACGCCAUCGACGAGGCCAGUCGGUAUCUCUUCACAGUGAGCGUGGCUGCCUGGGCCGUCGAUGUGCGGACUUAGGGCGCCGCAGCGCUGCUGGUCCAGUGCGACCAGCCGGGAGACAUGACCCGGCAGGUUGGACCAACUCGAAGGAGCCUCCGAAGCACCGUCGACCGUUGAGCAGACUGGCGACGCAGCGCAGCGGCAUGCGUCCUGGCACGCGUCUUGCCAGUCUCCGCUCCCUCUCGCUCUCUCGUCAUUUCUCGGGCAUUUCUGGCAACCUCCUCCUCCUCCUCCUCCUCCUCCUCCUCCUCCCUCCUGCUCCCCGAGGGCCCCGCGUCGAAGCUGGGCUGGUGUCCAGGGCGGGGCCCCCCCGCCCGCCCGACGGCCCUGACGGGCGAGCCCCCCGUCCCUGGGGGUGCCUGCGGCCUGUGCCUCGGCGUGGUCUGCCCGCCGCGGCGCUCGAGCCGCAGCUCUCCCGGAGGCGACGGGGCUGGUCGCCACAGCCACUCGAUGGAGCGGCCCGCUACAGACAUUCCGAGCAGGAGAUCGACUGGCUACAUCAUCGAGUUACUC